GUUGAACUGCACUGCUCGCUCUGCUCUCCAGUGAGGUGGCUGCUGCAGACGGAACCGCUGUAACUCCCAGCAGAGCAGAGGGAUCCCAACAUGACUGCCCAAACCAAGCCCCCAAAAUGCUGCUUCUUCAACAUCAAGACGGCAACUCUGGCUCUGGGGAUCUUCCACAUGGUGAUGAGCAUCUUGCUGCUGAUCGAGUAUUCCCUGGAGGUGGCGAGUGGGAAGGGCUACUGCAAAGACCUGGGCAAGGAUUACUACAGAAUUGCUGAUGUCACCACCAGUUUCCUGUUGAUCAUCAUGCUGUUUGUCAUCAGCUUCAACCUCCUCUUUGGGGUGGUGAAGAAGAGGGAACGCCUCCUGAUCCCAUUCCUUGCUCUACAAGUCAUGGACUUUCUCCUCAGCCUCCUCACAAUGUUCAGUUCCUACAUCCAAGUCCCAGCCAUGGUUUCAGUGUCAUCCUUCAGACACACACAGGAACACUUGAAGACCCCUUUCCUGGCUCUGCAGCUGCUGGACUUCUGCCUGAGCAUCCUGACCCUCUGCAGCUCCUACAUGGAGGUGCCCACAUACCUCAGCCUCAAGUCUGCAGACAACAGGGGCUUUAUGCCAGCCCUGGAGAAGUUACCAACAGAGGAAUAUGCCAAAGUGAUGGUCACCUUCACUGUUGCGUUCAUUGCUGUCCUCUUCUUGAAGGCCUAUAUGUUCAAAUGCGUCCUGAGCUGCUUUAAAUAUAUUAAAGCCAGCAAGAGAGAGGAGGUGAAAGUUGACCCCAAGGCAGUUGAGAAGGCUGUGCUGCCAUCUUAUGAGGAAGCCUUGGAGUUGCCUUCCAAGGAAUGCCCACCACCUUACAUAGCAGUCUAAGCUCUACUCAUGGAGAGAAGACAGAGUUCUGCUGUUGGAGCUCCUACCCCUUCUGUCAGAUACUCCGCCUCACUGAGAAGCCCUUACUUUACAGCAGCAUCAAGCUUGUUGCACUCUAGCUCACUUUAUGAGCCUAUGAAGAGCAGUGACGAACCACUGGAGCUGGUGUCUCAUUCCACACUGGCAGUUUUGAGCUGGUACUACUGAGUUACAGUGCUGAUUUUAAUAAACUUGGCACCAGGCAUCUUAGAGGUUCCCAUCACUGGGCUCUGACAUCUGCCAGUCAUUUGGCCUGGAUCCCUUGGUAGGCUUAUUUACCCCAGUAGGAUGCUGUUUCUUAUCUGUCUUACUUCUCUAACCCAGCAGCUGAGGCAUUUAAGAAGUAGAAUGAGGGGAAAAACAAGCAAUAAUCUUUUUUUCUGCUUUCUGAGGUAGCCCAACCCUGAAGUAUACUAUACAUACUAGCAUCUUUUAAUGAGGACCUAAGGGAAAGGAGUUAGCAAAAGAAUGAAGUUUUCAACAGCACACUCUCAUUCUGUCUGCUUAUGAUCAUGAUUGAGUUUGUGCUCCAGCAUGCUGGAAUUAUGACAGUGUUGCUCUUCCAUGUUAUACCCAAGAGUUUGCUUUUUUUUAAUUAUUUUUUCUUUUUUGGCUUUGACUGUGACUUGACAAAUGAGUUUCAAUAAUAAAAAAACUGUUAACCGCUUUAA